AUGGGCUCCAUGGGAUACGACACCAAUGCCUUCUGGGCGCGUGCAUCAGAAUAUCUCAUGAACACCGGCAUGCCAUACUGGCCGAGCAUUGUGAAGAAGGCCAAAGGCACAAUUUUACACGAUGUGCAUGGCCAGAGGUUGCUGGACUUCACAUCUGGCCAGAUGAGCUCACUUCUGGGCCACGGUCAUCCCGAAAUUGUCGAAGUCGUCACAAAGUACGCUGGAGAGCUCGAUCACCUCAUGAGUCUGAUGGUCUCCGAGCCGGUGGUCGACUUUGCUGAGGCUCUCGGAAAGAUCCUUCCACCACCGCUCAAGAAGUCGUUCCUCCUUUCCACCGGAUCCGAGUCGGUGGAAGCGGCUAUGAAGAUAGCCAAGUGCGCCACUGGGAAGUUCGAGAUUGUAGCAUUUUCAGCGAGCUAUCAUGGUAUGACUGGCGGAAGUUCCUCUGCCACAUAUGCAUUUGGUCGAAAGGGUGGAGGUCCCACCAUGCCAGGACAAUUGGCUUUCCCUGCUCCAAACCCAUACAGAUCGCCUUUCCGAAAAGCCGACGGGAGCUAUGACUGGGAGACCGAGAUGAACUUUGGCUGGUCCAUGAUCGACAAGCAGUCAGUCGGAUCUCUUGCAGCAUUUGUGUUUGAGCCGAUUCUUUCCGCAGGAGGGAUGUACGAGCCGCCGCAAGGCUAUCUCAAGCGCCUGAGUCUCGAAGUCAAGAAACGCGGCAUGCUGUUGAUCGCAGAUGAGGCACAAACAGGACUGGCCCGUACCGGCGAUAUGUUUGCUUUCCAGCGAGACGACAUUGUGCCAGACAUCCUGGCGCUGUCCAAGACGAUCGGGUGUGGCAUGGCCGUAUCUUCGGUGAGUACGACCGAGGAGCUUGAGCGUCUCGCUUUGGCCGGCGGUUUCAUUUGCGUCACGACGCAUUACAACGAUCCUUUACCCGCUGCAAUCGCCACCAAAGUACUGGAGAUUCUCGUGAGAGAUGAUAUGGUCCAGUAUGUGAGAGAGCGAGGAGCGCAGCUGCGCAAAGGCCUGGAGAAGAUGAAGGCGAAGUAUGACUGCAUCGGCGAGGUCCGAGGACGCGGACUAUUCAUCGGGAUGGAAAUCGUGACCGACAGGGGAAGCAUGGCUCCGGCUGGUGAGCUCGCCGCGGCGUUCUCAACAAAAGCGCUUGAGCUUGGACUGGCAACCCAGGUCGUGGCCAUGCCUGGAGUCCUGGGUGUCUUCAGACUCGCGCCGCCGAUUGUCGUAUCUGCGGAGGAGAUCGAUGAGGCUCUCAGCAUCAUGGAAGAAGCAUUUUCCAGCGUGCUUGCGACGGAUGUGACGAAAAGGGCGAUUGCCAGUCUCAGUUAG